AUGGCCAGCGUCAUAGCCUCACAGUCGUCUGCUGCCCUCACGUUUGACUUGAUAGCCCGUUGCUCUACAACACGAGCCCGGGCUUCGGUCCUCACCCUGCCCCACGGCCAGGUGCAGCUGCCGAUAUUCAUGCCCGUUGCAACACAAGCCUCACUAAAGGGCUUGACACCGGAGCAACUAGAGGAGACAGGAUGUCGGCUUUGCCUGAACAAUACCUACCACCUCGGUCUCAAACCAGGACAGGAAGCCCUUGAAGCCAUCGGAGGAGCACACAAGCUGCAGGGAUGGAACCACAACAUCCUCACGGAUAGUGGUGGAUUUCAGAUGGUCAGCCUGUUGGCUCUAGCAACAGUCACGGAAGAAGGCGUGCGGUUUCUCAGCCCGCACGAUCGGACACCCAUGCUUCUGACUCCGGAACACUCCAUCUCGCUUCAGAAUACCAUUGGCAGCGAUAUUAUGAUGCAACUCGAUGAUGUACUGGUCACCACAUCUCCUGACAAGGCUCGUAUGCGUGAGGCCAUGGAGCGGAGCGUCCGCUGGCUCGAUCGCUGUAUCAACGCCCACAAGAACCCAGAACGCCAGAACCUCUUCUGCAUUAUUCAGGGUGGACUUGAUCUCGAGAUGCGCCGCGAGUGCUGCAAGGAAAUGGUCGCUAGGGAUACACCGGGUAUAGCUAUUGGAGGCCUGAGUGGUGGUGAGGCAAAGGAUGAUUUCUGUCGUGUAGUAGUAACGUGCACAGAGCUCCUGCCAGAGUUGAAGCCGAGAUACGUGAUGGGUAUUGGAUACCCUGAAGAUCUUGUGGUGAGUGUUGCUCUCGGCGCCGAUAUGUUUGACUGUGUAUGGCCAACAAGGACGGCUCGGUUCGGAAACGCCAUCACAAAGCAUGGCGUUCUGAAUAUCAAGAACUCCAAGUACGCCGUAGAUUUCGGGCCCAUCGAAGAAGGUUGUGGCUGUAUCUGCUGUAGAAAGGGAACAGGAGGAAUCAAUAUCACGAGAGCUUUCGCUCACCACAACGCGGCGAAGGAGACUGUCGCGGCACAUUUACUCAGCAUACACAAUGUAUGGUAUCAGCUGCACCUGAUGAGUGAUGUUCGGACAGCUAUCAUCGAGGAUAGGUAUCCGGCAUUUUUGAAGCAAUUCUUCGCGGAUCUCUAUCCAAGUAAGGCACAAUAUCCUGAAUGGGCAGUAAAUGCUCUAAAAGGAGUUGGAGUUGAUCUACUCAUGGAUUAG